AUGGCUACAGGGGAGCAGAGGCAAGGGGAGCGACGCCGGCAGAGGGCUCGGCAGCAAGAGCUGCUCCAGGCAGAGAUCCUGGGCAAGCACCCCCUGCAGAACAGAUGGGCACUGUGGUUUUUCAAGAAUGACAAGAGCAAGAUGUGGCAGGCAAACCUGCGCCUCGUCACCAAAUUCAGCACUGUGGAGGACUUCUGGGCGCUGUACAGUCACAUCCAGCUCGCCAGCAAGCUCGCAGCUGGCUGUGACUACUCCCUCUUCAAGGAUGGCAUUGAGCCCAUGUGGGAGGACAGCCAGAACAAGCGUGGUGGGCGCUGGCUCAUCACCCUGGCCAAGCAGCAGCGGCACACCGAGCUGGACCGGUUCUGGCUGGACACACUGCUGUGCCUCAUUGGGGAGAUGUUUGAUGAGUACAGCGACGAGGUGUGUGGGGCUGUCAUCAACAUCCGCACCAAGGGGGACAAGAUUGCCAUCUGGACCCGGGAAGCGGAGAACCGGGAAGGGGUCACCCACAUUGGGCGUGUCUACAAGGAGCACCUGGGCCUGUCACAAAAGGUGGCCAUUGGCUACCAGGCUCAUGCGGACACGGCCACCAAGAGCGCCUCCCUUGCCAAGACCAAGUUUGUGGUGUGA